AUGCCCGUCAUCGAUUCCAAAAAAUAUUCCUGUGAGCCAUGUAUCCGCGGACAUAGAGCAACAAAAUGUACGCAUACCAAUCGACUACUGGUUUUAGUACGGAAGCCAGGACGUCCGAUGCAGAAUUGUGCACAUGAACUUGAAGGCUGUGUUUGUGGAAGAUUGGGUGCAGCUGGGGAGGAUUGGGGCGUCGAUAAUAUGUCGAAGCCAGAUGGUUUUGAUGCGAGAAAAAGCUUCAAUGUUAUUGGUACGAGAGGAUCGGAAGAGUCCCAAAAGCAUGUGUCAAGGACGGAGAGCAGAAAGAGGAAGAGAAAAGCCAAGAAAGAUGGAAUAAGCGAUGUCCAGAAGAACAAAGUCAACAAAAGGGUCACAUCAUUAUCUCGAAAAAUCUUAUCUCCAUCUCCGAAAUGCCCAGUGUCGGAUCAGCAGGAAGUACCAGAGUACAGCAGCAACGCUGAACCUGAAAUUCUCCUCGACCCAACACAUUCAAAGUUAUUCAUCUCCAGCUCCAUAUCCAUACCCGCUAUAUCGAACUUCCUCCCUCCGAUCACAACACUAAUUCCUCAAGCCCAAGAUUAUAACCUCGCUGCUCCUCAGGCGUCGUACAUUGACCAUUCGCCGAGCUGUAUUCUCUAUCAUCAACAACAAAAUGGUCAGGCCAGUCUUGGACCGUCUUUUCCAACUCCAUUCUUGCGAUACACUGAAUAAAACUUCCAAGCAAUGUCAACUGAACAAAAUAACUUUAAUUUCAAGGAUAAUUUCAUUUUAAAGGGAAUAAAAACAGUAUAUUGAACAUCCACAAGUGUUCAGGAGAAAUUUGAAGUUGCUAGCGAGUUCGUCUAUUCGUCGUGCAAAUUGACCUCGAACUCUUGUCACAACCCCCGAGACGAUUAGCA